CGACACACACACUCGCACGCACACAUACACAGCCAGAGCUCACGUACGAGACACGGGCAGCGGCGCGAUGCGGUGCGAAUCAAAAACUCGGCAGUUAACGAGAGCUAGGAUGUUCGGCGACUACAUCACCCACCAUUAGUGCGUAGAACGCAGACGAUCCGCCCGCAGUGACGUACGUGCCGACGCAUCCGACGUCGCCACGAUGGCGUACGGACAUCGAGACGGUGUCGUCAUCGCUCUCCGGACGAUGAUAUUUUGCAUACCGCUGCUGCUGCUGCUGCUAACUCCAGUUCUGUCCGCAUCCAUCAGCAUCGCCGCAGACGGCAACGACACACACAUCGUCGUCGCUCGGCCGCCGCCGAGGUUACGUCGCGACAAUCUCGCGCGCUUCAAGGAGACGUUGGAGGCGUUCGCUCGCAGUCGCAGCGACGUCGUAUUCAUCCUCGACGAGUCGGGCAGCAUCGGCGUCGACCGUUUCCCGCACGCCGUCAAAUUCGCCGAGCUCGUGACGCGGCUGUUCAGCGUCACUGCCGACCAAACCCGCGUGGCACUGAUCACCUUCUCCACGCACAGUACGGUGCACUUCAACUACGUGCGCGACCACGAGGGCAACAACAUGUGCACGCUCAUCAAGGACUUGGAUAUCAUAGGCUUCAGCGGCGGAUGGACGAGAACGAGGGACGCGCUGGCGAGAGCCGAGAAGGUGCUGCAGCACGCGCGCGCAGACGCCAACAAGUAA